GGGCCACGCUCGAUGAAAGCAAACAGCACCGAGCCUCUCGCCGUAGCUCGUCUGUUUGUGUCUGAGCUGCAGAGGUGUGUUUGAUGACGAAUCUGCCAACAGAUACAAGUGACGGUGCGGUAAUACCUCUGCGGCGGACCAGAUCUGCCUGUUGAACCACACCUAGGAGUUUGGUCGGGCCAAAGCCUGGUGUAUUUUGUGACAGGGGUUGAUUAUGGCUCUGUCAUUCCUUUUGGUCCUGGCUGCCACUGUGAUUCUUAUCAGACCUGAGACACCUGUGACUAAGGCUCUGCACCAGAACUCGCUCGAGUGCUGUGGCGAGAAGCAGAGAACCAACGGUUCAUGUUCCAACGACACUCACUGUGAACCAGGAUGCUUCUUGCGCGUCCUUGAGAACAGCAACACUGUCUGCAUAUUCUGCGACUCAGCGGCUGUGGAUUUGGAGAACAUAACAGUCUGCACCUACAACUACACAGUGGAGCGUAAAAACCACACAACUGUAACUACUGUCAUUCCUAAAAUUGGAGGCCCCGGUGUGGCAGCUUCUCUUCUUCUGGGAACACUGCUGAUCAGCCUGUUCCUGAUCCUCUCUGUUGCCUCCUUUUUCUACCUCAAACGCUCCAACCGGCUCCCGAGCAUCUUCUACCGCCGCAACAAGGCCUUCAUAUUCCAACCAAGUGAGACAGCUGUUAUGAUCCCUUCCUCGUCAGUGAGGAAGCCAAGAUAUGUCCGAAGGGAGCGGCCCUCGGCGACGUCAACGAUGAACCGUGCCACCAUACCCACAGAGUCCACGACCCAGGUCUACAAUGUGUAGGGAGGAGGGUUGGAGGGGGCUCAGGUGCAGAGAGGACGGAGAGCUCAGAAACGAGGUUAGAUUUUUGUUAGUUUCAGAAUAAUCGACAAAGGCCUGGACAGCGUGCGCGAGCAUCUGCGGUUGCCUCGUCUGUAUUUAAUAAGAGUUUAAAAAGUAUCCAGAAACCAACCUGUCAAUCUCCUGCUCCGAACUGUCUGUGAUCAUUUAGCUUUUCUUUGAAAAGGAGCACAUUUGUGUUUAUUUCCCGGGAUAAACAGUUUGCUUCUCUGUGGUCUGUGUAAAAACUGACGGGUUGGGUUAUAUUUUCUGUCAUUUUUUGCGAUGAAUGAAAGUCCCUCAAUGAGUGGAAACACUGACAAUAAGAAGUCUUACUAGUUUGAACAUGUGGACCUGUCUGUAAUAGGAAUAGUUUGAGAGUUAGAUGAGAAGAUCAAUAUCACUCUCAUGCCUCUGUGUAAAUUGUGAAGGCAAAAGCCAAACGUUACUGAGCUUAUGACAAAAAUUACAAAUAAGGAAACGGGUCCUCUGGCUCUGUCCAGUCUGGGCAGCAUAUUUUUGUGACCUUUACACAGAACCUGUCUGACUGUUUCCUCAUUCCCAACUAAAAAAGACAAAUGGAGCCAGUGACCAAGUUCAGCAGCUGUGAUUGUUUUUGGGCAUAAAGUGAGAGCACAGUAACAUCUGAUGGGUUUUUACAUGUGUGUUAUUUAUUUCCAUUUUGUAACCAUGCACUGAGUUUUACUUCUUCGAAUCAACGAUGUGUCUAAUAGCAUUCGAGUUCUUCUAGUGGACCGGGAUGUUUUAGGGGGAGCUACCGUGGGCACUGUACUGACGAUUGUUUGUUUGAUUGUGUUUUCCUUCUCGCCAUCGUAUUUAUUAUGUUUGUGAUCAGCCGAGGUGAAUGUAUUUUCAUAAUUGUCAUGUAUCGCACUCCUUGUGCGUUCGGUCCUGAAAGCAGAAAUUCAGAAAAUAAUUUUUAGUAAAACGUUACGUGAUCCAGCAUUUAAAAUAACCAACACUGUUCCAUGAAGUUCAUUUUAAAUUCCAAGACCUUGCGCACUUUAUUCCUCUCAGGUCUUCAGCUAACGUUGGACCUUCAUUUCGGAAAAAAAAAUACUCAAAAUAGGUCGUUGCCAUGAGAUUUUGUUGUUGUUGUUGUGUAGGCAGCAACAUUAUAGUUGCUUUGUGAUCGUUACUUGACUACUGUUACCAUUGCCAAAUGUUUUGAACAAAAACUGGCCGUUACUGUAUGCCAUUACUGUGAUAACUGUGCCAUUAUGAGCUUUAAAUGCAGCCGGGAGGAGUUUAAUCAUGAUGUAUCUGUGGUGAAUUAUUGGGUAUUUUGACUUAUAUCCAGUGGCCUUUACUGUAUCAACAACUCUAAACCUUAUUAACCAAGUUAUCCGAGCUUUUUUGCUACAUGGUGUUUCAUUUUAACAUCAUUUUUUAUUUUUAUGUUUGUAUCAUGACAACACUACGGCUGAAAAAAGCCAUUUCCAUCUCCAGCAUAUGUGGAGCCAUCUAAAGUUGAACAUCAGAAAAGAUCAUUCCAUGACUAUUCCCCUUUUUUUCCUUUAUGUGUUUACCGUUGUAAAGACCACCAUAAGCUGAAUACAUGUACAUAUUGUUUUAUACAAAUGCUUUUGUAAUGAUGUACAUAUUCUAGUUUCAGUGCCAUAAAGAAAGUUCAGAAGAUGUAUGUAUUGUUUGCAGAAAUAAAGCACCUUUCCAUAA